AUGAUUAAAGAGCUAUGCAGUGAUCCGAGAAGUCAAUUGUCGGCAAAACUUGCACAAAAAGUUAAUAGAAUAAUAGCAGAGAUCGAGUUAACACAUUACGCCAGUUUACACAAGUUGAGCACAGCUGAUGAGAGUACUUCGACUAUUUUAGGUGUAAUGCAUCAGUCAGCCACUGAAUUAACAUUUGAUGAACAGUCAGAACUAAAUCAUGCAAUUGUGAACAAGAUUCAGUCAAAAUUGCCUGCAUUUGUUGUGGAAUUAGAUCAUCUCCAGCAAACUCUUAAAAUGAAAUCAUCUCAAGGGGGUGAAAUUAGCAAUCUGCGGGAAAGUCUCAAUGAUAAAUUUAACUCAAUACAAAGUCAAGAAAGUGAAAAGGUAGAGCUGAUGAUGGAAUGGAUAAAUCACAGACUUCAUGAUGUAUCAAAGUUUAGUGAGAACUCUAAUGAGCUUCAAACACUUAAAACUAAAAUUCUAGAUCUGAAAUCAAAAAUUCUUCAUUUACAAAUAUUACAAAACAUUUACACGGAAACAAACCAAUCAAUUAAAGCAUAUGGUGAAAUCCAUAGACAACUUAAAGACAGUAUUAUGGAGACGGAGCAGAGAAUCAAAAAGUUCAAGGAUAUUGUGGAGAGAGAUUACAAC